CCCAGCCCCAGUCCCACCGCCCCCAUCCCAGCGCAGCCAUGAUCCACAGCCUGUUCCUGAUCAACGCCGCCGGGGACAUCUUCCUGGAGAAGCACUGGAAGAGCGUGGUGAGCCGCUCGGUCUGCGACUACUUCUUCGAGGCGCAGGAGCGGGCCUCGGAGGCGGAGAACGUGCCGCCCGUGAUCCCCACGCCGCACCACUACCUGCUCAGCGUGUACCGCCACAAGAUCUUCUUCGUGGCCGUCAUCCAGAGCGAGGUGCCGCCGCUCUUCGUCAUCGAGUUCCUGCACCGCGUCGUGGACACGUUCCAGGAUUACUUUGGCGUGUGUUCAGAGGUGAUAAUCAAGGACAAUGUUGUGGUGGUUUAUGAGGUGCUGGAGGAGAUGCUGGACAAUGGCUUUCCAUUGGCAACAGAGUCUAAUAUUCUUAAGGAACUGAUAAAACCUCCCACUAUCCUGCGGACAGUCGUCAACACCAUCACAGGAAGCACUAAUGUGGGUGACCAGCUCCCCACUGGGCAGCUCUCAGUGGUGCCUUGGAGACGUACUGGUGUCAAAUACACCAACAACGAGGCCUAUUUCGAUGUGAUCGAGGAGAUCGACGCCAUCAUCGACAAAUCAGGUUCCACGAUUACUGCUGAAAUCCAAGGGGUGAUUGAUGCUUGCGUCAAGCUGACUGGGAUGCCAGACCUUACCCUCUCCUUUAUGAACCCCCGGCUGCUGGACGACGUCAGCUUCCACCCCUGCGUGCGGUUCAAGCGCUGGGAGUCGGAAAGGAUUCUCUCCUUCAUCCCACCUGACGGCAAUUUUCGCUUGCUCUCCUACCAUGUCAGUGCUCAGAAUCUGGUGGCAAUUCCCGUCUACGUGAAGCACAACAUCAGUUUCCGUGACAGCAGCUCCCUGGGGCGCUUCGAGAUCACCGUGGGGCCCAAGCAGACCAUGGGCAAGACUGUGGAGGGAGUGAUGGUCACCAGCCAGAUGCCAAAAAGUGUGUUAAAUAUGACCCUUACACCCUCUCAGGGAACACAUGUCUUUGAUCCAGUUACAAAGUUACUGUCAUGGGAUGUGGGGAAAAUAAACCCCCAGAAGCUGCCAAGCCUGAAGGGCAGUGUGAGCCUGCAGGCUGGGACAUCGAAACCAGAUGAAAACCCCACCAUUAACCUGCAGUUUAAAAUUCAGCAGCUGGCUAUAUCUGGACUGAAGGUGAAUCGCUUGGACAUGUAUGGGGAGAAGUACAAGCCAUUCAAGGGGAUCAAAUACAUGACUAAGGCUGGCAAGUUCCAAGUCCGAACCUAGAGGAUCCAGGCAGUGAGGAAGAGCACUUCUCCUUUUCCCCUGUCCCUGGCUGUUGGAUGCAGCCUCUUUCCCCAUCCAUCUGUUUAGGGUUGCUCCCUUGCCUGUAGUAGCAUGAGCAGGAAAGAAGUGCUCAGACUGCUGGAAAGCAGGGGAAAGUAAGGCUGACCUGAAACAACCUCAUCUCUUGGAAGUCUUUGGAAUAAUAGCAGAUGGGAGAAGUGUUCAGGUCCCUUGGGAUUACUGAGUCAGCUGUUUAAGCUUGUAUCACCCUCAUUUUGCUGUCUUAGAGGAAAUUCCAGGUAUUUAUUGCCUUUUGUAUCUCCUCUUCCUUGUAUUUUGGUUGGCUUUUAUCCCUUUGUAGAUGAUCCAAAGUUGAAUUUCCACAAACUUCAACUCCAGUGUGAGGAUCAGCACCUGCCCUUCUCCAUCACUGUGUGUCAGGAUGCAGAGCUGUACAGUUCUUGGCAGCAGGGAAAUCAUCUUGCCUCUCUGCCUCAGAGGGGCUGGAGAAAGUGGAAGGGUAGAUUGUUCCACCCAGGAUAGCUGGUUGAGAAGCCUGAGAUUGGGGAUGGUGCCACAGAGGGAGGAAUGGAAGAAGUGGAUGCUUCUUGUAGAUACUUCAUAAGCCAUCUGGGUCGUUAAGUAUCUUAAAUCUCUGAACACAGACUUGAAAUGCAUUAAAAUCUUGUAACUGGGGUGUGGUGGCAUCUCAGUGUCA